AUGGGCGAUCUGAAGGAGAUUAAGUACAGGCGGAGGAUUGGGCUCCAGGAGCGCGCGCAAUGCAGCGACCAGAGGGCCGUCGACUGGGGCGUGCUCAAGCAGGACCCCGUGGAGCUUCUGCGCAAGCUGGACGAGCUGAGGGACCAAAUCACGCGGUCCUGCCAGGUCGCCGAGCAGCCACGGGAGCACCGUCGGGCGGGCCGCCGACCGCCCUCCUUGCUCCCUGACCUUCCCGAGCCGGUACCUCUACCCGGGUAUCACCGCCCACGCUAUGGUGCCCGGUAUGGGCAUGGCUUGCCGUUGAGCCCAUGUGAGCCGCAGCACUCUGAUCAUGGGGAGAGGUACGCGAGGCAGUCAAGUGGGCGGUAUCGCCAGUACCCAGGGAGGCAGUGGGAGAACGGUGGGAUUGGACAUGGGAAUUACCAUCAGUAUGCGUGUGCUAGCCCGCAUUAUCUGCAUGGACAGAGGCCUGCGCCACAAGAAGAGCACAUACCAAUGGCCAGAUACUUCGCUGGGCAGCAUGAAUGCUACCGGUUUGAAAGGUCACCAUCUAUUUCAUCAGAUUAUGACCAAAGGUCUGUGGCAUCAUCGCUUUACUCGCAUCGCUCGGUGUCAAAGAAAAGGGCUGAGUAUUUUAGGAAGAAGGCAGAACAUCUCUGCCGGCCAAUGCAUGGCGCUGCGCCAUUUGUUGUUUGCAGUUCUUGUUAUAAUCUCUUGCAGGUGCCAAUGGAAAAAUGCAUGGGGUGGAAACAAAACAGGCUACAGUGUGGGUCUUGCUCUGAGAUAAUCAGUGUGAAGCGCGUGAAAGGAAAGACUAUUCCCUACACAUCCUCACCGCCCUUCAGCUUGUCCAAAACUGAGCAAAGCUCACAUGAUCGAAUGAGGCGAGAUUUUGAGCAUCAGCAUCAUGAUGAUGUCACUUCUGCGUUUUAUAAUUUGAAUGAGCACAGCAGCAUGCAAAUCAACAUAGAUUUUGGUGAUGAUAAUUCAGUUUCUUCCACCAUUAGUCAUGAAAGGACUGACAAAGAAUGUGGCUCAAACAGGAGCAUUCAGUCGAAAGCCGAUGGUAUCUCUCUGUCUCCAGGCAGGUCUGGAGAUAUUGAAAGCCCAAAGGAUAUAUUAUGUGAAAGAGAUGCAGAUUGUCAGGAGGAACAUUCCAUAGAUGGUCCAGUCAGCCCGUGUUCCCCAAUUUUAGAGGACAAACUUGUUGAUCCACUGUGCAGCCAAGAAAAACACAAUAGUUCAGAGGACUUAGGUAUGGAUAAUGAAUCUGACCUAAAUUGCAAAGGAGAAUACAUUGUUAAUGAUGAUGAGAGUGUCAGCAUGGGAAGUGAACAAAAGGUCAAUGAAGCUGAAUUUGUAGAGGAAAGCAUGUGCAGAAAGCAUGAUCAAAAGAACAAGGAAGAUCACUGUUCUAGCCUUGAAGAUGUUAGCAAAAUGCAUGGGCAGAAUAGUACAAAAUCUGACCCUGAUAGUCUUGAGAAUGGAAAUGAAAAGCAUGGGUGGACAAGCAAAACCGAUGUCACAAUCAGUCCUGAAAGUGAAGGUACACGCAAGAAAUAUGACCACAACAGCAAAGAAGAUGAAACAAGCGGUCUGAAAGUUGAGAACACAAGUAAUGAGUUUGACAAAAACAACACAGCAGACAGCAACAGUGCCGUCGAACAUGCCAACACUGCCAUUGAAUUUGAAGGUACAAGCACAAGUGAGAGAUAUGAAGAAAACCUAAUGGAACGAGAUAAUGGAAAAUUGCAUGAGCCAUGUGCUGAGGAUGCCAAUGCCCUAACGGAGAGUGGGUCAUCAGUUAAUGGGCGCACAAAUUCUGGUUUUUCUCGUGGUUCUUCUGAGGCUGGUUUAGAUGAAGAUCAAUCCUCAACUGGUAAGAGUGGGGAUUCAUCAUUUUUUGCUGGUUUCUUGAAGAAGGGGUUCAAGGACCUUUCUUUAUUUAACCAGUCCAUGGAUAGUGUUAAAAUUUCAAUCAAUGGCCAUCCAAUCUCGGAAAGAGCUCUUAAGAAGGCAGAAAAGAAAGCUGGUCCUGUUGAACCUGGCUCAUACUGGUAUGACUGCCGUGCUGGAUUUUGGGGCAUCAUGGGUAGAGAAUGUAUUGGCAUUAUUCCUCCAUAUAUAAGAGAAUUCAAUUAUCCAAUGCCCAGAAAUUGUGCUGGUGGAGACACUGAUGUCAUUGUCAAUGGCAGAGAACUUCAUCAGAGAGAUUUAGAUUUGCUUGUAGGAAGAGGACUUCCACGUAUCUCUGGCAAAUCAUAUUCCAUUGAGAUUUCUGGAAAUAUUACCGAUGAUGCUGGAAAUAAGCUACGCAGUCUUGGCAAACUUGCUCCCACCAUCCACACCUUCAUCAGUCAAUGUGGUGGAGUGGCAAACAUCCAGCAGAUCUUGCCAUUGCACAGCCAAUUUCCCCCCGCAAGCAUCUACGAGAUUGGAGACAUGUCCCUUGAGAGUGAACAACUUAUGAACAUUGACAUUUUUGCCAAAUGUAAGGUUAUAUAG